GCUUCAAAUGCCAUCAGUUUCUGGCACCACACAUUCCGCUGAGCAGCUAUGGGCAACAGGCUUACUGAAUUCUGUGGCUCGACGUUUUGGAAUGACACAUAUCUGCAACGUGCUGACCCAGACUUACCGGUGUGUGUGGAGCAAACAAUACUGGUAUGGAUACCCCUUGGUUUCCUGUGGUUGUCCUCUCCAUGGCAUAUUUCUGCACUGCUCAAGAAAAAAAUCCAGAAGUCACAUAUAUCUGCACUCUACCUCAUCAAACAGUUGCUGGUGGCCUUAUUGUUUCUCACAGCUGUUGCUGGCAUCGCCAUCACUGUGGCUGAAGAUUAUGGGAACUACCAAGAUCCAACUCGUGAAAAGCCCAACCCGGCAGUUCUUUACACAAAUCCAAUUUUGUAUGCCUGUUCAUGGGUCUUAGUGAUUCUUUGUCAAGAGAGUGUGCGCCAGCAUGACAAGACAGGGGAGUCGGCACUUCUUUUCAUCUUCUGGCUUCUCUCAAUAUUGUGUGGGCUCUUUCCUUUCCAAACAUUACUGAGAAUGGCACUCAAUCAGGGUGAUAUUCCUGACCUCCCUCGUUUUUGCCUUUUUUACAUCUCUUAUGGCCUCCAGUUCGUCUUGUUGAUAUUGUCUUCAUUUGCGGAUGUUACUGCUGAGAAAAGAGAGGCAUCAAAAAAGAACCCGGAAAUGGUUGCAUCUUAUCUAAGUAGAAUCACCUUCAACUGGUUUAAUAGCAUGGUGAUUAAGGGAUAUAGACGGCCCCUCCAGAUGGACGACUUGUGGGACUUGAAUGACUAUGAUAAGACACAGGCAGUGUCAUCCAAAUUUGAGAAAAUCAUGAACCAUCAGCUAAGAAAAGCCAGGGAAAAACACAGCAGACAGAAGAAAAAUAAGCUUCAUAGUGAUGGCUCACUAACGAAUGGUCGGACUGUCAGUCAGGAUGUGCUGGUCAUGGAAGACAAGGGAGAAAAGAAGAAGGCCACAAAUGAAUUGGGAUACACCAAUGGCUGGAUGGUUAGCACUCUUUUGAAGACAUUCAUAAGGAUGCUUAUUGAAUCUGCAGUCUUAAAAUUGCUCCAUGAUCUGCUUGUAUUCAUCAGUCCACAACUCCUGAAACUGAUGGUCUCUUUCACUCAGGAUAAAUCCAUUUUUGAAUGGAAGGGAUAUAUGUAUGCUAUACUAUUGUUUGUGGUUGCUCUGAUGCAGUCUAUGUUACUUCAACAAUACUUUCAACGUUGUUUCCUCAUGGGGAUGAAAGUCCGCACUGCAAUUAUGGCAGCUGUGUAUAACAAGGCUUUGGUGGUGUCUGGUGCAACACGGAAGGAAUCCACCGUUGGAGAGAUUGUGAACUUGAUGUCAGCUGAUGCCCAGCGGUUUGUGGAUGUAGCCAACUUCAUCCACAUGAUCUGGUCCUGCCCACUUCAGAUCAUUGUGUCCAUUGUCUUUUUGUGGGAAGAGCUGGGCCCUUCUGUCAUGGCUGGGGUUGGGUGUAUGAUCCUGCUUGUGCCAAUUAAUGGCUUCCUGGCCACCAAAUCAAAAGUUUUCCAGUUGAAAAACAUGAAUUACAAAGACAAGAGGAUGAAGCUUAUGAAUGAAAUACUCAAUGGAAUUAAGAUUCUCAAGUUCUACGCAUGGGAAUCAUCAUUUGAAGAUCAAGUCUUGAACAUUAGAGAGAAAGAGCUGAAAGUGAUGCUGAAAUUUGCCUAUUUUGGUUCCUUUUCUGCUUUUAUAUUUUACUGUGCACCAGUCCUGGUGUCACUUGCCAGCUUUGCUGUGUUUGUGUUUGUCGACGAAAAAGGUGUUCUAACUGCAGAGAAAGCAUUCACAUCCAUCUCGCUCUUCAACAUUCUACGUUUUCCCAUGGCAAUGCUCCCCAUGCUAAUCUCCAGUAUGGUUCAGGCUGAUGUCUCCAGAAAACGUCUGGAAAAAUUUUUAGGUGGUGAGGAACUGGACACCUCAGCAGUGCAUCAUGACUCCAGUUUCGACACUGCUGUUAGCUUCUCUAAUGCAACUUUCACUUGGGAGAAGAAUGGAGAGCCAACACUGAAAAAUGUCACCUUGGAUAUUAAGCCAGGAAAGUUGGUGGCAGUGGUGGGAGCAGUGGGAUCUGGCAAGUCCUCGUUGGUUUCUGCAAUGCUAGGAGAAAUGGAACUUGUUAAAGGCUAUGUAAAUACUAAGGGCUCUAUGGCCUAUGUACCUCAGCAAGCCUGGAUUCAGAAUGCUACCCUGCGAGACAACAUCCUGUUUGGCUCAGAUCUGGAAAUGAGUCGCUACCAGGCAGCCCUGGAGGCCUGUGCUCUGCUGCCAGACCUGCCUCUUCUUCCAGGGAAAGACCUCACGGAAAUCGGAGAGAAGGGGAUUAACUUGAGUGGGGGUCAGAAGCAGCGGGUUAGCCUGGCGAGGGCUGUGUACAGCAACACGGAUCUUUAUAUCCUGGAUGACCCUCUGUCAGCUGUGGAUGCACAUGUUGGAAAGCAUCUUUUUGAAAAGGUGAUUGGACCCAAAGGGCUCCUGGCAAACAAGACAAGAAUCCUGGUGACCCAUGGAGUGAAAUUCCUACCUGAGGUUGAUGAAAUCAUUGUGCUUGUGAAUGGAGAAGUUUCUGAAGUUGGUUCUUACCAGGCUCUGAAAGCCAGUGGAAAGGCAUUUUCUAAAUUCCUUAGCACCUAUGCUAAAAAUGAUGAAAAAAAACAGAAAACAAAAGACAUGUCAGAAGACUUCAUAGAGACAGAACUAUUUCAGGACUGUCUGGAGCCUCAAGCAGAUGACCCUCCCGAAGAUGCAGUAACGGUGUCCAUGAAACGUGAAAACAGUUUGCAGCGGAGUAUGUGCCGUGGCAGUAAAAGGCAGAGGAAGAGCUUGUCAAAUAAAGUUUCCCAAGCUGACCAUAUGGUGGCAACUCAGACUGUACAGAAGGGCCAGCGACUGAUCGAAAAGGAGGCUAUGGAAACCGGGAGGGUGAAGCUUUCAGUUUAUCUAAAGUACUUGCAAGCCAUAGGAUGGGGUUAUUCGAUCCUUGUAUGCCUGGCCUAUCUGAUACAGAAUGUGGCUUUCAUUGGACAGAACCUGUGGCUAAGUGACUGGACUGGUGAUUCUUUGAAAUAUUACAAUGAAACAUAUCCUGCCUCUCAACGUGACAUGAGAUUGGGGGUCUUUGGGGCUCUAGGGAUCAUUCAAGGGCUCUUUGUGUUUGUUGGGACUGCGUUAAUAGCACGUGGAGCUAUCUUCGCUUCUCGCACUCUUCAUAAGAGACUUCUGGGCAAUGUCCUUCGCUCCCCCAUGCUCUUCUUUGACACCACACCCACAGGAAGAAUUGUUAAUCGCUUUGCAAAGGAUAUUUUCACAAUCGAUGAAGCUAUUCCUUUAUCCUUUCGCAGCUGGGUAAUGUGCUUCCUUGGUGUGCUUGGCACUCUGUUUGUCAUCUGUUUUGCUACACCCCUCUUCACGGCUGUCAUUGUUCCUCUGGCACUCUUCUACUUUUUUGUUCAGAGGUUCUAUGUUGCCACUUCCAGGCAGCUAAGGCGGUUAGACUCUGUGUCCCGCUCACCCAUCUACUCCCAUUUUGGAGAAACAGUUUCUGGUCUGUCUGUCAUUCGAGCAUAUGGCCACCAACAACGCUUCCUGCAGCACAACGAGAAAGCAAUUGAUGACAAUCUAAAGUCUAUUUACCCCUGGAUUGUAUCCAACAGGUGGCUAGCCAUACGCUUGGAAUUUGUUGGGAAUUUGGUAGUGUUUUUCUCCGCAUUGUUUGCUGUGUUGUCCCGCAAUGACCUGGACAGCGGUAUUGUUGGACUCUCCAUCUCUUACGCUCUCAAUGUGACACAGACUUUGAACUGGCUGGUGCGGAUGACAUCUGAACUGGAAACAAAUAUCGUUGCUGUGGAGCGUGUGUGCGAGUAUACAAAGCUGGAGAAUGAGGCUGCAUGGGUCACAGACCAUCGACCUCCAAAGGGCUGGCCUGAUGCUGGAAAAAUUAAUUUCAAUGACUACAAAGUUCGGUAUCGCCCAGAGCUGGAUCUUGUUUUACAUGGGAUAACCUGUGAUAUAGAAAGCACUGAGAAGGUUGGAAUUGUUGGGAGGACUGGUGCUGGAAAAUCCAGCCUCACAAACUGCCUUUUCCGUAUCAUCGAGUCUGCUGGUGGAUACCUCCUGAUUGAUGGCAUUGACAUUGCAACGCUUGGGCUGCAUGACCUUAGACGUCACUUGACUAUUAUUCCUCAGGAUCCUGUUUUGUUUUCAGGGACUUUGAGAAUGAACCUGGACCCUUUUAACAAUUUCUCUGAUGAGGAGCUCUGGAGAGCACUGGAACAAUCUCACCUGAAAGAAUAUGUGGAGGGGCUUCAACAAGGGCUAAACCACGAAGUGACAGAAGGAGGGGAAAACCUCAGUGUUGGACAGCGUCAGCUGGUGUGUCUAGCAAGAGCGCUUCUUCGUAAAUCCAAAAUUCUCAUCCUGGAUGAAGCCACGGCAGCGGUUGACCUUGAAACAGAUAAUCUGAUCCAGUCCACAAUCCGGACGCAGUUCUCCCACUGCACUGUGCUCACCAUCGCUCAUCGGCUGCACACCGUAAUGGACUCCUCUCGGGUGAUGGUUUUGGACAAGGGAAGGAUUGCAGAGUUUGACUCCCCCAGUGUGCUGCUUCAGAGACGUGGGCAUUUCUACUCAAUGGCCCAGGAAGCUGGCCUUGCCACAGCAGAUGACACAGCUCUUUAAGUAAACACAGUCGUUACCUUAAGAAACACUGAACUCAGUAUAUAUGAUAGAGCUACACCGGCAUGCUGUUUGUGUAACAACGGGGAAUCACUGAACAUAUGAAUUUUAGCUCUCGAUCUACAUCUGCACUGCUGAAGUGCUUCAUGACUGGCGUACAUUUAGAACCGAAGACCACAUCACGACAGUCAAAUGGAGUUUAGUAUCUCCCCAGCACUCCAGCAUCUGAAACUUUGACCACUUCUUCUUUACGUUAUCACGUAUCAGAUGUUCAGCUUCUAGGAAAGGGCGAGACUGUAAAGAGGUCCUGUGUUCAUGUUCAGAGGGUCAAGCAUCACAACGGUUUUGGUGAAGAUCAUUAUCAUGCAAUGGUUAAAAAUAUUAUAUUUGUUUUCAGCACUUUCCCGUCUAUACGGAUAGUCGAAUAUGUGUUAGCUUUUCAAAUCAAGCAUAAGUUAAGAGAGGAUUAUUAAAAAAACAUGCCUGUAAAUUUCCUGUCUGUGUGACAAUCUUUGGGAGUGCCCUGUCAUGGUUUGGUAUCUCAUCCAUAGCAAGUUCCUGGCAUGAGUCCAUUGGUGGCAGGGUAGGUUCUGGUUUACCAUGACCCUGAACAGUUAAGAACAUGCAUACAAAUGGAUGAAAAUGCUCAUUUGAUGAUGAUGUUCAAAUGUCAUUGCAGUGAUCGUCUCUUGCUGCUUUUUAAUCUUUUAAUGACCAGCUGGAGCAGUGGUUACCUUUAGUAUGAAACAUAAAAUUACUGUCAGAUUUAAAGAUCCUAGCAAAGCAGAAACAUGUCAAUAAUAAUCAAUAAAAACACCCCAGUAAAGGGUGGGAUUGCUUUUUAUUUUACUUUUAAUAAAUGACUCAAUAAACCUAAGUUUGCUGCUAGUUGAGAAUACAUUUAAAGAAUUACACAGUUUUGAUCAAGGUGAUAAUACCAACUGGGAUGUUAGUAAUAAAUGAUAAUAAUUUUAA